ACCCGCCCGCCCCCGGAUUGAGAAGCCUGGUCUCCGCGCCGCUGCCCCAGUUUCCCGAGCGCCAGCCCGCCGGUCCCGGAGCCCAGCCAUGUCCUGCUACAUCUACCAGCUGCCCGCCUGGGUGCUGGACGACCUGUGCCGCAACAUGGACACGCUCAGCGAGUGGGACUGGAUGCAGUUCGCCUCGUAUGUGAUCACAGACCUGACCCAGCUGCGGAAGAUCAAGGCGAUGGAGCGGGUGCAGGGUGUGAGCAUCACGCGGGAGCUUCUGUGGUGGUGGGGCAUGCGGCAGGCCACCGUCCAGCAGCUGGUGGACCUUCUGUGUCGCCUGCAGCUCUACCGCGCCGCCCAGAUCAUCCUCAACUGGAAACCAGUUCCUGAAAUCUCUUCCCUCGACCUCCCGGAGGCUGUGAAGCCGGGAAGACCUCUGGCAGCUUCUGUAAGAAACACUGAAGAUGAACAGGCACCAGGACAGUCCAUGAGGCCAGCCGCCUUGCCGGGCCCGGGGAACGGCCAGACCCAUAGUUCCUCCUUUCCAGGGCCUGCUCCAGCCAGAGCCAAUCUCCUGCCUCCUUCCGAAGAUGCCCCUCAUUCCUUAAAAACCGACUUUCCUGGUUCAUCUGAUGCAAAGGACUUGCGCACCUCUGUUCCUCAGCAGGAAACACUUUUGAGCUUGGUUGAAGACAGUCUUUUCUGGAGUGAGGCAGACGUGGUCCAGGCAACUGAUAACUUCAGCCAAAACCACAAAAUCAGUGAGGGGACCUUUGCCGACAUCUACAAAGGGCAAAGGCAUGGCACGCUGUUUGUCUUCAAGAAGCUCAGAGAGGUGGCCUACUCAGGUGCUGGAUCGAUUGAAAAAUUCUUCCAGGCAGAGGUACAAAUCUGUCAUAGAUGCUGCCACCCCAACGUCUUACGUCUGCUGGGCUUCUGCACUGGAACUCAGUUUUACAGCUUGAUCUACCCGUAUAUGGCAAAUGGUUCUUUACAUGACAGACUCCAGGGUCAGGGUGGCUCAGACCCCCUCCUCUGGCCCCAGCGUGCCAGCAUCUGCUCUGGGCUGCUCCGCGCUGUGGAGCACCUGCACGGCUUGGAGAUCCUCCAUGGCAACGUCAAGAGCUCCAAUGUUUUGCUAGACCAAAACUUCACCCCCAAGCUGGCUCACCCAAUGGUUCACCUGUGUCCUGACAACAAAAGAUCAAAAUAUACCAUGAUGAAGACUCACCUUUUCCAGGCCUCUGCUGCGUAUCUUCCAGAAGAUUUCAUCAGGGUGGGGCAGCUGACCAAGCGAGUGGACAUCUUCAGCUGUGGAAUAGUGUUAGCUGAGGUCCUCACCGGCAUCCCUGCAGUGGAUAAUGACCGAAGCCCAGUUUACCUGAAGGAUUUGCUCCUCAGUGAGAUCCCAAGCAGCACGACCUCACUCUGUGGCAGGAAGACGGGUUUGGAAGAGGUGAUGGCUCAGGAGAUCUGCCAGAAGUACCUGGAGAAGAGGGCCGGGAGGCUGCUGGACGACUGUGCUCGGGCCUUGGCCAUGGCUGCCUGCCUCUGCCUGCGGAGGCGGAACACCAGCCUGGCGGAGGUGUGUGGCUCUGUGGCGGCCGUGGAAGAGCGGUUAAGAGAUCAGGAGAUGCUACCCCCUUGGAGUGAACUUUCCGAGGGCACAGGGUCUUCCUCCAACACCCCAGAAGAAACAGACGAUGUGGACAAUUCCAGCCUUCAUGCGUUUUAUUCCAUGAGGGCAGUACCCAGCGCUGGGGCUGUUGCCUCACUCCCCCCUCCAGAGGACAGAGAAGGCAGGCUGCAGGCUGAUGGGGGAAUGCAGGCAGACCCCUCCUCUGCUGCCUGUGCCCGUCUGGAGCCUCCCCAGGAUAUUGAAUGCCAGCUACAGAGACCUCGUGGAAAAUUGAGAUCAAUGAAGCCAAAAGGAAGCUGAUGGAGAAUAUCCUCUUCUACAAAGAAGGGAAACUGGACAGCAUUGAACUUUUUGGCCCCUGACAACCAGAGAACAGCUGAGGAUCCUUGUCUUCAAUUGGAAAGAUGAACAGCAAAUCAAGAAAAAGAUCUGAGGCAGAAUCAAAAGCUCCCAGGAAACACCCACCAUCAGCUUUCCUGGGCAGGGAAGAAAAGUUUCCAGAGCGAGUUGGGGAGGAAGGGACCUCAGCUUUUCAAGACAAAAAAAUACAUGAAGUCAUCAUCCUUUCUGGGAUUUGUCAGUCAGAGCUGGGUAGCAGGACACUGAAGCGGAAACCCCAGUCCAUGGGCCCAGGAUGUGGGUGAUUUUGUGGUUUUGGGGUGUGUGGUAUUCCUGUUAGCCAGCUCAUACCCCUCAAGAACUGACGGAGCACUGUCAUUUGUACUUCCAAAGUUAAGAUCUCUAGGUCACAUUUGCCAACAACACCUGCAAACUUCCCUGGCCUGAAAGAUUCUUAACUUGUGUGUCCUAAUGCAGUUCUUCAAGUCACAUCCCAAGGCCUUGAGUUUUACAAGUGCCAGACACCUAGCAAAGGGCCCAGGAGGUUUUCUACUUUCCCCCUCAGAAAUCUUGUAACUCACAGAUAUUUAUUUAAUGCCCACUUGGCAUCUUUAUCCUCCCAUCCCACUACUGCUAAUAUUUUCAGUGAAGCUUUUAUUUUGAGAGUAUGUAUUAUUUAUGAGUGAAUGAAGAAUCCAGAGAGCCAGUUUUAUGUCUGAUUCUGCUAUUUAAAUCACUUAUUUAAUUUCUGGAAGCUGGGUUUCCUUGUAAGUACACCUGUUUGUUUUCCUUCCCUGGGCUGUUGGGAGGAACAGGUGAGACAUGUCUACAGAAGUACUUUGAAAAUGCACUUGUCCUGUUUUAUAAAAUAAAUAAAAAGACAUUAAACACAGAUUUCUGCCAUGUA